GAAAGUACAUGAACAUUGAUAGGGCAAGUUCACCGUGACUUUGAAGGGCGUUUCAUCACGUCAUAAAAGGAGAAGCUUACUUGGAAUGUCGAUCAUCGUGUACUGAUAAAUUUGAAAUUUAGCUUGAUUUCUUUAAUCUAUACUAGUCUCAACAUGGGGGCAUUUAUGACUGCAAGUCAUCUUGUCUUUGUGAUGCUGGUCUUCGUCAUUUGUUCGGUGAAUGGGCAGAAUAAAUGCUACAACUGUUUCGGGCUUGGUUCAACGAAUUCACUCCUAGCGCAGACAGCAAGCCAGUACCCCAUAUCGAGCUGUGCGGAUAUCGGACAACAAACGGAAACAAGUGAUUGUACUGGAAAAUGCUUCGUACAAAACUUCACCGUUAAUUACAACUUUCAACAAGCAAGUAUAUCAAGCAUGGACGUCGAGUACCUGAUUCUUGGCUGCGGUGGAAAGAAAUCAGCUGAUGGCUGUCAGGACUUUUCUCAGUUACCCAACUUUGAUGAAGUCAAAAGGCAGACAGAGAACGUAGUCGCAAAGCACGGAGGUCGGGUCACCAGCAUGCAGGGAGAAGCGUGUUUCUGCUCCGGGAAUCUCUGUAACUCGGCCACGUCCAACGCCAGAACGAGUGUCAGCUUGAUAACUCUCUGUUUGGCGACCUACUCGAUAGCGAAGAUGACGCUUUGGAACUAGAAACACAAGAUAUUCAAAGGCCGUUGCUGAAGUCGAAAAACACAUAGAACUUUUUGGCCAUUUUCUACAUUUUAAUUUUUUUUAUUUGAUGGGGUGGGUAAGUGGCAUGGGAUUUUGGGGAAACCAAUUUUUCCACAUUUGGUUCAAAAGGAAUGCUGUAAAAACCUCGUUACACUCUAAAAAUCAGAGCGGAAAUUCAAAAUUUGAUAGAACCGGGGAGUUUGUUGAUAGCGUAUUCAUGAAAUCACUCCGUAGACGCUUUCUACAACGCAUUCGUUCCUUUGAAAAUGAAAGUCAAAUCACAAUGGACAUCUGAGAGAUUUUUGUCGAACACAGCAAAAACUAUGGUGUUAACCGGUGUACAUAGAGGACCACACCAGUUAUUUUACACCGGUGUUAAAUUGGUG